GGAGUAAAGGUUGUUUAAAAGGGGACGGAAACGGAGCCUGCAGAUGGACCCACCCACCUAUGUUAACUCCUCUAGUCUCCUCUCCCUCGCGUUUCUCUUCCUGGAUCUGACGGCGCAAGCCAGUAAUCUGUGAAUUCUGAAGAUGAGUUACCCAGGAUACCCUCCACAAUCUGGCGGAUACCCACCACAGGGAGGGGGCUACCCACCUCAGCCAGGGGCAUAUCCACCCCAACCAGGCGCCUACCCUCCGGCAGGGGGCGGCUAUCCUCCGGCACCUGGUGCCUAUCCUCCAGGAGGAGGAAGCUACCCCCCACAGGGUGGCGGAUACCCUCCUCAGGCUGGAUACCCGCCAGCAGCAGGGGGAUUUCCCCAAGCUGGAGGGUACCCUGCUCCAGCCGGAGGCUUUCCUCAGGCUGGUGGCUACCCUGCACAACCGGGUCAGGGAGGUUAUCCCUCCAUGCCUCCAGCAGGGGGAGGCUGGGGUGCAGCACCAGGUGGCUAUGGCGCGCCCGGAGGGGCUCCGCAGGGGUAUCCAGGGGGCCCUGCCCCAAGCCAACCAAUGCCAAAUUAUCCUGGAGCCCCUGCUGGUGGCCCCUCGAUGCCUGGAUACGGGGGUGGCGUUCCAACCAACCCUCAGGCGCCAGCAAUUCCUAAAGGAUACAGGGGUUCCAUCAAAGAUUUCCCUGGAGCUGAUCCACUGAAAGACGUUGAAGUUCUUCGGAAAGCAAUGAAGGGCAUUGGAACUGAUGAAAAUGCCAUUAUUGAGCUCCUGGGAAAUCGCUCCAACAAGCAGAGAGUUGCAUUGGUUCCAGCCUACAAGACUACAUAUGGAAAGGAUUUAGUCCGUGAUCUUAAGUCUGAACUUAGCAGUGACUUUGAAGACCUGGUUCUUGCCAUGUUAAAGACCCCUACGCAGUUUGAUGCCUCUGAGCUGAGGGAGGCUAUAAAGGGUGCUGGAACUGAUGAAGCAUGUCUGAUUGAGAUUUUAUCGUCACGUUCCAAUGCAGAGAUUCAAGAGAUCAACAAAAUCUACAAAGCCGAAUACGGAAAGAAAUUGGAGGACGCCAUUACCAGCGACACCUCUGGUCAUUUCCGCAGACUCCUGGUGUCUCUUUGUCAGGGAAAUCGUGAUGAAAGGGAGACUGUUGACAUCUCAUUGGCAAAACAGGACGCUCAGAAAUUGUAUGCGGCUGGUGAAAAUAAAGUGGGUACUGAUGAGUCACAGUUCAAUGCAAUCCUGUGUGCUCGCAGCAAGCCCCACCUGCGUGCAGUUUUCCAGGAGUACCAGCAGAUGACUGGGAGAGAUGUUGAAAAGAGUAUAUGCAGGGAAAUGUCUGGAAAUCUGGAGUCUGGGAUGGUGGCUGUUGUCAAAUGCAUCAAGAAUACUCCAGUCUACUUUGCUGAACGGCUCCAGAAGGCCAUGAAGGGAGCAGGGACCAAGGACAGGACCCUCAUCCGUGUCAUGGUGUCCCGCUCUGAGGUGGACAUGCUGGAUAUCAGACAGGAGUUUCUGAAGGCCUACGGGAAGUCACUGUACAAUUCCAUCUCUAGUGAUACUUCAGGGGAUUACAAGAAACUGCUGUUGAAGCUGUGUGGCGGAAACGACUAAACAGAAUGACCACAGAGGGACAAUAUAUACGUCCACACUGAAACGAUAUACGUAGGACAUAUAUCACGUCUGAUGCAUGCCGCAAAUGCCUUUAGCCAAUCAAUAUUGAUUAUAUAUUUUCAUAUAUACUUAAGAUGAUUUUUAAUAUACUAUUGGGUGACAAAUCAGGUUUUAAAGAAAUAGAUUCUUGUGUGAUUUGUGCCACAUUUCCUACAUCAUUUAAGUUUAACCUAUAUAUUCUGUAGUAAAAUUGUCUGUCCCACAUAAUAAUAUAUCAAUUUUACAUUGUAAUCCUUUGAACUUAAAGUCUGCUGUAGUUUGCAGCUUUCUUUAAAGAAAAUCAUCUUUAAGGAAAGAAGGAACAUAAGCAUGGACAGUGACUAUGCAAUUUAUUUAGUAAAUAAAAUAUUUAGAUUAUAGCUCACAGUUUUGCUGUGGCAAUGAAGGUAUUAAAACUCCAGGAAUGUCAUAUGAGUCUUAUCAAAAAGAAUUUUUUAACAAAACUCCCAUAAGCAGAAGUCACAUGAUAAGAUUCAUGUUUAGGAAGCCAUAAUUAUGCUUACACUAACUUUUGAAUGUAUGAAAUUAAAAAAAAAAAAAGCAAAAAUCCUCUCCUCUCUGCUUUUAGUUUCACAAUUUUUUCCUCUGCUUGCAAGCCUUUGAAAAUUAGCUUUAAAUGUUUUCCUGUAGCUGCUUAAUUUUUAUGGCAAUGUUAUACUAAGUGCCAAUAAGCCAAAGACUAACAGAUCAUGUUAUACAAUUUUGAGCGUGUUGCUCUGUGAGUUGUUUGCAUGUAAAGCAUGUCAGCCACACAUAACAUUAGGAUGUAACAGCCAAAAUAUAAUUUUUUUUGUUUAAUAAAUAAAAACUGUUUACUUUGCCUUA